AUGAAACAGAACGACCGUCACACGAAAACGCCCCACACCCCUCUCACGUCGACCCCCACGCCAAACACCGAGAAGAGCGUAGCCGCAUUCCUGAAGGGCCUCAAAAGCACAGCAUUGCGCAAUCUUUUUCCCGGUCCUCGAGACCGCCUCAACCCCACACCCUUUCCCUGUACACCGGGACAACACGACAUUCAUAAUCUCCAGGCCGGGCAGAAGAUAUCGGAUACGGUCUGGAUCGCACACUCCGAGCGUGGAAAUCGCCCUGCGACGGUGAUGUGGCCGCAUGUCGAGGGCUUCGGGCAGUGCUGGGAGGCCGAGGAGUUCCACUGCGUCGUGCAUAUCGUGCAUACCUCGGACGCGAUCAAGAUCUACAAGGACAGGACGAAGGAGGACAUGUUGGUACCCAAGAAGUUUAUCAGCGACGCGCAAGAGGGACUCUUCCUCCGUAUCGUGCCAUACUAUGACGGCGAACGGCGCGCUUCGGGUAGGACAUGUCAAGUGGACCAUUCGCAGCUAUUGGUCAUGCGGGAAUGGGUAUGCGAAGCGCCGAGAUGGGACGGCGCUCAGAGUGGCGCGGGUGAAUCUGCCGCACCUGUGCUCAUCGUCGGCGAAACCGCGUACGAGGGUAGCAUCGUUUCAUUGGCACUUCUUCUUGCUGCCACCAAAGGCGAACUAGCGCAGGCCACUCGCGAUCGGCUAGUGGCCACCGCCGAGCUCAAGCCACAGUGGAAGGAGGCCAUGGCGAGGCUGACUUCGGCCGACUUUGAGCUUCUCAAUCGCAUUCUUACCGAAGGCUAG